UCGGUGGAUGAGGUGCAACAGGGCGAGGCAGUGAAGGAGAGACUAGUGAAGAUCCAAACAUGUGGAUGGGAGAGCUCAGUGCUGUCCAGCGAUGAGCACUAUGCUAAGCCCCAAGAUCAGACAGACGAGGCGAGCCAGGUCUAAGAGCAUGGUGAUGGGGGAGCUGACACGAGCCUCGAGCCGGCCGUCCUCCCCUUGCCUCCAGGAGAAAGCACUGAAGUCUGGCUGGCUAAAGAAACAGCGUAGCAUCAUGAAGAAUUGGCAGCUGCGCUGGUUUGUGUUGAGAACUGACCAACUUUACUUCUACAAAGACGAAGAGGAAACCAAGCCACAGGGCUGCAUCCCAUUACACGGCUGCCAGGUCAACGAGCUAAGUGCCAAUCCUGAUGAGCCUGGACGGCAUCUUUUUGAAAUAGUUCCAGGUGGUACAGGAGAGAGGGACCGAUCAGCUCCUAGCCAUGAAGCCUUCCUGCUUAUGGCAAACUCCCAAAAUGACAUGGAGGACUGGGUCAAAGCCAUCAGACGAGUCAUCUGGGCACCUUUUGGCGGAGGAAUCUUUGGACAGCAUCUGGAGGACACGGUCCAGUAUGAACGAAAGUUUGGGACGCGGCUGGCUCCUCUGCUGGUGGAACAGUGUGUGGACUUCAUACGCGAACAAGGUUUGAAGGAAGAGGGCCUCUUCCGCAUGCCAGGACAAGCGAACUUAGUCAAAGAGCUCCAGGAUGCUUUUGACUGUGGUGACAAACCUAUGUUUGACAGUAAUACUGAUGUUCACACGGUUGCAUCUCUGCUGAAGCUGUACCUCAGGGAGCUGCCUGAACCCGUCAUCCCCUUCAGCAAAUAUGAGGACUUUCUCACCUGUGCCCAGCUACUGCUCAAAGAUGACGAAGUGGGCCUCAGUGAGCUGGCAAAGCAGGUGAACACACUUCCUCAGGCCAAUUACAAUCUGCUGAAGUACAUUUGCAAAUUCCUCGAUGAAGUCCAGUCUCAUGCAAAUGAAAAUAAAAUGAGUGUACAGAACCUUGCAACAGUAUUUGGACCAAAUAUCCUCAGCAAAAUGGAAGAUCCUGUUUCAAUGAUGGAGGGAACCUCUCAGGUGCAACACCUCAUGACGGUGCUGAUCAGCGAGCACGAGAGACUGUAUGGCGGUACGGAGAUUGAGACGUCCUCAAAGCAGAGCAAGACACCUGCUCAGGGCCAGCGCAGCAUGGCGGCUUGGUGUUCAGAAGAGGAAAUACAGCACUGUCCCUCUUCAAGCCAGACCUCUAGCAUUACUGACCACAAGACGGGCAGUGCCACAUCUCUGGAGAUAAACACGUCCAUGCCCAACAAUGCAAAGCAGGCACCUCAGGGAAAAACAGGGCAAGCAGUCAGCCCAAGCAAACAGGCCAAAUCUCUUCCUUCGUGGAAAUGCUCUUUUAAAAGCGGCAGCUCCCGGGCUCAGCUGCCUAAGAUCGGAGGUUCAUCUGUGGACGUAUCGAACAGUGGGAACUGGCUGAUGAAUGGCCUGUCAUCUCUGAGAAGCCAUCGACGCACAUCUUCAGGAGAGCGUGUGGGCAAGGACUCUGUGUUGUCUCACCGACUUUCCACUUAUGACAACGUUACUGCAUCUAGUAUAAGUGUUCCCAGUGUGGCAAGCUCGCCCUGGUCCACUUCCUCCUGUGAGAUAUCAGUGGUGAACUCAAUGAGCAGCGAGCCGUCUGCACUAAGUUCGGACAAGGACAAGUGGGUGGAACGGAAGGACAUUACAGAAAGUAGUGAUGCUCUGGAAAUGUGUGUAAGCAGCGCAGGAUGUAGUGAGUAUGGAAAUAUGGAUGAUAACGUGGAUGAAUCAACAGACCUUGAUGAAAAUUCACAAGCACUUAAUGCCCUUAUAACCGAACUGAAGGAUGAGCUGAAGAAACAAAAAAUGAAUUAUGAAGCCCGAUUACGGAGGCUGGAAGAGAACAGCGCAUUGCUAGCUCAGCACGUUGAGAGGUUAGAGGAGGAGUUAGACCAAGACAGGAAGAAGUACAGAAUGUUGGAAAUUAAACUGCGGAACUCGGAGCGAGCCCGUGAGGAUGCGGAGAACCGGAACAGACUACUGCAGAGCGAGAUGGAGGAGUUCUUCUCCACUUUAGGAGAUCUAACAAUGGGGACAAGGACAAACAAAAUGUGACAAUUCAUAUUAAAUUUCUUUACUCAUGUAUCAUGGGUAUUCAGAGGCAAUUUCAAGCUGUUUCAUUUGCAGCAACUUGACCAAGUUUUAGGAUAUGUUUCAAUUAUUAUUUCCAUCACCGGCACCUCAACUGCUUCACUACCAGUAUGCACAGAUGAUACCAAAGCAUGAUAUCCCUGAUUGUUUGCAGUUGAUGUAAUGAUGGUUGUCUACUUUCAGUGCUUUUCAUACGACAGAUUAUUUCCAUAAUAGUGCCUUUUGUGUUGAUGCAUGGGACUGGGAAAAUACGGCUUAACUACAGAUGACGCAUUACAUUUCAUCUCAAAGCUCCACAUUUUCCUCACAGGAUCUUUACAAGUUUGUUUGUCCCAUCUUUAAGAAAUAGAUGAUGGCAAAUGGUUACCAGUUUAGUCAAUGACUGUUACACCUCCCACCUCAUUCUGCAAAUCCCUUUAUCUUGACAUGAAAUGCAGGUCGCUAAAGGAAAAAAAAAAAAGGAUGGUGGCAAGACCAACAAAUAAACUCUAAUGGUUUGUAUAUUUAUUCUUUUAAAUCAAUUUAACAUCAAUUAGGUUGCCACAGUUAAGAGGAUUAUUGCUAUAUAAAUUAUUUCUCAGGUGUUUGACACAAAAAAAACACUGAAUAAAUGGUAGAUAUUAAUGUGUAUGACUUGUAUAAGUAAAAUGUAACUGUGCCCUCCCCUCAUGAAAGUGCCAAAAUCGAAGUUGUUCUGCUUUCAUAUUGUGAGAGUUAUUUGACAUCAAGUAUGAAAGAAAGUAAAGGUUACAUAAUAAAGUUAUCACGGUCUACAUCGUUACUGAGAAUUUGCAUUCAGGAACGUAUGCAUUGUUUCUAUAGUAUGUUUUGGCAGAUACAAAUGCAAAAAUAUCCCAUCGUACACUUGCACCAAAUCUUUAACACAUUCAUGUAACAAAAGUGAAAGGAUCACGAGCACGCAUUAUUUUUGACUUGUGUUUAUUUGCAGUGGUUACAACACUGGUGAAUGCCAGUGCACUCUAAUGAUGUGGUACACACUGAUGACUUUUACGUAGAACUGCAGGGGGGAAGCAUUCCACAGCAACCAUCAUCAGUAAUCUAUGAUCUUACAGUUGAUGAUGUUGAAUGCAUUUCGAAUUUAGAUCCCGUUAGCAGUCCAUGUAGUUUCCAAAAAAGUUUAAAGCUGUAUAGAUUAUAUUUAGUAGCUAGUGUAAGAUUUCCAUAAAUGUGGUAAGCAUCCAGAUCACAUGGGAAUAUGUAAUGUAGUGGGCUCAUAUAUAACGUUCACAGAGGAUGAUCAAAAAAGAAAUAAAAGUUCAUGACCCACAACAUAAGCCCAAAAAGAAAAACUGAAUUGCAGGAUUCUCAUUACUUAUAGGGCAGUAAAAUAGUGUUCUACAUCAGCGGCCCCCAACCUUUUUUGCGCCACGGACUGGAUUAAUGUCAGACAAUAUUUUCACGGCCUUUAAGGUGUGGCGGAUAAAUACAACUAAAUAAAAUGAUACGACCGGCAUCAAAACUGUUCUUUUCU